AAUGUAAAAAAAAAGAAGAAAAGCCGUUUCUUGCAGUUACCCUGUAAUGAUCCUUUAACUUUCUCAAAGCCAUGUUUUACAAUAAUAUGACUAUUUCCUAGCAGAUGUAUUAUUGUUUGGUCCUAGUUUAGUUUGCUAAAAUGACAGAUAUGGCUGCAGAAAAGGAAGGAUCUCUUCAGUCUCAAAAGGAAGAGGUGGAGGCACUUUCCUCUAUAUAUGGUGAUGAAUGGUGUGUUAUUGACGAAGCAUCAAGAACAUUUAGUAUCAAAAUAUCCGAUGAUCUUACACACCCCAAAUACACAGCACGUUUACAGAUGAUGCUGCCACACGAUUAUCCUAGUUCAGCACCACCUAUCUAUCAGAUAAAUGCUGCAUGGCUAAGAGGUCUUGAGAGGAUCAAACUGUCUAACAGUCUGGAGGAGCUGUAUUUGGAAAAUCUUGGCGAAAGCAUCAUUUUUCUUUGGGUGGAGAAGAUCAGGGAGUUCCUCUUGGGGAAAUCUCAAAGUCUAAAAACAGUACAUUGCAUUGAUGGCAUCUACAGCAGCAGAGUGGAACACAAUGCUGUAAGGAAGAAUACAGAGGAGAAAGAGGAGGACAAUAAUGAAGUAAUACCAGGUUUUGGAGCUCUAAAGGUUAAAGUAGACCAUGCACAUGAAUCUUUGGAUCAUGCAAGUGAUGAUGAGAUACCUAUAAUAAAACAUGGUGAGACAAUCACAGACAGACGCAGCACAUUUCAGCCACAUCUGAGCAGAGUGCUAACACCCAGACAGGUUACAAUGGUGCUGAACAAACUGUACGAAAACAAAAAGAUUGCAAGUGCCACUCACAAUAUAUAUGCAUACAGAAUAUACUGUGAGGACAAGCAGACCUACUUACAGGACUGUGAUGACGAUGGAGAGACAGCAGCAGGAGGGAGGUUGCUUCAUUUACUUCAGAUUCUGGAUGUGUGCAACGUGAUGGUGGUUGUGUCUCGGUGGUAUGGGGGUAUUCUUCUUGGGUCGGAUCGUUUCAAGCACAUUAACAACUGUGCGAGAAACAUCCUGGUCCAGGAAGCUUGCUUCUCCUCCCAGGAUGACUCACCCAAACGAGGAGCAAAUAGCAAGAAGCAAAAAAUCAAGAAGACAAAUUAAACAUAAUCCAUGCCUUCAUCACCUCCCUUUUGGACUACUGCAAUGGAGUGCUGUCCAGGGUAUCCAACAAAGCACUGAACAAGCUUCAGCAUUUGUAGAACUUUUUAAGAGCCAGAGUUCUUACCCAGACCAAGCCGUGGCAGAAGAUCAUCCCCACCCUCAUCCACCUUUACUGGCUCCAGAUCAAGUCCUUCAUUAUGAUGAGAGUUAAAUAAUGGCCAAACAACCAAACCUUUUCCCCACGGUUUAAAGGAAGAGGGGGAAACUGAACAGAGUAUUAACUAGUGGUGGGCAUAGAUUAAUUUUUUAAAUCUAGAUUAAUCUCACUGUAAUCUUGGCGUUAAUCUAGAUUAAAAUAGCUCAUUUGAAUUCCGCCGAAGGCAUUCAGAAUAUGUGUGCUACCCAAAUAAUGACUAAAAGUAAGUCUUUGAGAACGGGUUUCUCAAGCCAGGUGGUGCAUUAGACCAGGGGCUCAUCUCCUGUUUCCAAAAUGCAUCACAAAGUGCUUGAGAAAGCUGUUCUACUAUGAUAAUUGUUGAUAAAAAUAAAUUAUGUUCAAUAAG